GCCUAGGCUACCGUCACUUCCCGUCCACGAUGCUGCGGGUUCUGUUUGUACACUUGGGUACUACACCGUUGUCGGUUGUCGCCAGCGGCGAGACUGUGAUGACGACAUGUGGUCCACGAUCUUUGUGUCGGGCAGAGCGCGCAGGAGCACCUGAACCAUAUGAUUACGCCCGCCGGUUACUGCGUCUGCAACGUGACAUUGUCUCGACACAACGAGCCGCCUGCACAAUAAUUCAAGAAGUGUGACGGCACGGAUACCGUAGACUUUGUGUGUGCGAAGCGAGAAACGGGAGGGGGCGAGAUGAGACAGCAG